GCAGUAGGUGGCGCUUCAGUCUGGCUGACACACGCCGUGCUGUGUUGAAGGGCGAGGGCCGAGCGACCUAUUAAGCUUGCGACGAAGAAAAGCAGUACAACUGUGUCGCAGUCGCACGGAGCUUUUUUCUAAACGACGGGUUGUCUUUGGUUAUUCACUCCCUUCCAAAGAUGGUUCGACCACAAUUUGGACCACCACGUUUGAAGCCCAGGCCAUACGGAGAUGGUCAUGGCGUUGGACCUAGUGACGGGAAUUACAACCAUAACUCCAAAGGUCGAAGAGAUGGCCAGGGCUACCCAGCAAAGGCCCCUUUUCACUGGAGAGAUUCCAGAGGUAGAGGACGACCCCCAGUUGUCAGAAGAGUACCUCUGAUGGGAGAGCAAAGAGAGCCACGUUUCAAUCACUGGAGGUCCCAAAAUCAGGAUUCCUUUCAAUCAUACCCUCCCAAAAUGGAACCACGUCAUAGCCAGAAGAGGCCAUCUCCAUCUCGGCCAAACCGCCCCCCCCAUGUUCAGCAUCAGUCCUCCCCUCGCAAUUUUGCUCAUGGAUCCGUGAGUCAAAGGGGCCCGCCUUUUCAUGGCCACCCCUCAGGUCAGAGGUCACCCUCCCCAAGACAUUUUCGCAACCACCCAGCCGACAGGAGGCCAGGCUCUACUCCAGCCUACCAGGGGUCUUUCAGGGGCCCCAAAAGGUCAGGUUUUCAGCAUCAGGAGCAGCGGAAUCGAGACCCUCGUGGGAAUUACAGUCAAAGAGAAAGGCCCCAUGAGCACUUAGGUCAUGGCAUGAAGCGCUGGAAUGAAGCUGGAGCAUUCUCUCAUCCACACAAUGGAGAACAUGGGCCCUCUGGGUCACAGAGGAACCCCAGAGAGAUGCAUGGAAGAGGCUCAUGUCCAGAGAGGUACAGGAGUGAAGCAACAACCCCAGCUGGGUGGUCAUCUGAGCAAGACUCCAGGCGGCAGCGUGGUCCGGUGGAGAGGCAGGGCAGCAGAUCCAACAGUAGAGAGAGGGCUCAUGAUGUCCCUCACCUGCCCCCUUUCAGAUCCCCCUCAUGGAAAGGAGGUCCAUCACCGUCAUCUUCCUACCAAAGGGACCCUCAGGAGAGACAGAUGGCAGGACCCCGUAAGAGGAGGAUAUCAAGCAUCGGAAUCCCCUCCUCAGACCCUGCACUGGAGCAUGGCAAUCCUAAACAGCCCAGGAGAGAGAGGCCUCAGCUGCUCAGUAUUCCCAGGCCAUUUGGUGGUAAACCUUUUUCUCCUAGGGAUAGAAGUUUCCUGGUUAAGAGCAGACAAGUCGGAGCAGAGUCUCUCAUGGGUCUCCAAAUACCUCCAUCUGCAAAACCCAGGUCUCAUCUGGGUGACUCUGCCUCACAAGAAAACAUUAGCUCUGUUCUUGCUAUCAGGAAGAAACGUUUCCAGUCAAAUGCAGUUCCCCUGAAAAAGCUGGAACCAAAGAGGGGGAAACCACAACAGUCACCCCCCAGAGAAGAAAGCAAUGCCAGCAAGUCUUCAAGAGACUCUGAUACAGACAAAGAACAGGUGGAGUCUCGCCGGUCCUUGAACACACACAGAUCUUCUCCCAUUGAGAAACGGGACCUUGUUAUUUUGUCCCACUGGCCACCUGGGCCGAGCUCCUCCUCUAAGGACGGCUCGCCUACGAAAGAUCACAGCCCAGAGCAAAAGAAUGAACGCAGUUCAGAUCAAGGUGCCGCACCAAACAGUCGACUAUCAAAGACGAAUGAUUCCAGAUCAUUCCCUGAAGACCGAAGACGGGGCUUUAUGGAUAAGAGGGUGUUUAGGCCAUUUAAUAUGAUGCAGGACAACCAGAGAGGCGGGAGGCCCUUCAGGAGACCAGGACCAGGACCCAUGCAGAGACCAAAGUUCACCGUUGGUCCAAGGAAGAUGGGUCCUGAACAAUCUGGACAUUUUAGAAGACCACUCAUGGAGAGCUUAGUGCCACGACCCUUCCCAAAUCAGAGGCCAGUAUUCAGGAAAAGUCACACUAUCAUGUCGAAAUACCGCACCAUGAGAGUAAUGCGUCAGCGUCCACCCUACAACAGAGGACCUAACCAACAACGCUGGUGAUAACCUCUGCACAGGUCCUACAUUCUGCAGGCACGAUUUUGGAAAAUCUCAUCAAGGUCUUCUCUGCUGGAUGGACUGCACAACCUCUUCCUACACUACAAUCCCAACCUGCCUGUGUAUUGUGGAAAUGUUUCAGAUUCAUAUAUGUACUGUAGUGUAAAGUACUGCAGUACUUACGUUUUAGAUAUGUAUAAUGUAUGGCAUUACAUGAUGCUGUCCUGCUUUUUUUCUUGUGUAUAAUUAUUUGAGGGUUUCUGCUUGUGAUCUUGGCAGUCUUCAUUUUACUGAAAUAGAUUUAGCUUUUUCUUUGUUUACCAGCAAUUAUCGUUUUUAAGUGUGUCAAGUCCAAAGAAACGUUUGUACAAAGACUUAACACAUGAGCUGUCUCCUCUUUGAUUAACCAUGAUUGUUUUGAUUAGAAACAGCACCUUGUCUAACGACGCUUAGCUACUACUUGUAAAACUUGUAUAAUCACAUGUUCAGUUUACUGUUUCAGACUUGAAAUAAAAUCAAAUUUAACAAAC